AUGUCCGCUUCCCAAACCCUAGGCGGCCCUUCCCGCGCCGGCCGCCUCCUGGGCCCGUCGCUCGACAAGAUCGUAAAAAAUGCUGCGUGGCGCAAGCACUCGCAUUUGGUCGCCGCCUGCAAGUCCACGCUCGACAAGCUCGACUCGGUAUCCGACUCGUCCAUCGUCGACCCCAAAUCGCCGAUCUCCGGCCUCUCCCUCGCCGACUCAGAAUUCGUCCUCGGCCCCAUCCUCCUCGCCCUCGACUCUGCCUACCCCAAGGUCGUCGAGCCCGCCGUCGACUGCGCCUUCAAGCUCUUCUCCGUCGGCCUCUUCCGCGGCGAGAUCCACGCUUCCGAUCAGAAAUUUGUUCUCUUUAAGCUCGUCGAGUCGCUGUGUAAGUGCGCUGGGCUCGGCGAGGAGUCGAUCGAGCUGGGCGUGCUCCGGACUCUGCUUGCCGCUGUGAGAUCGCCACGGGUUUUGAUCCGGGGCGAUUGUUUGGUGAAUAUUGUGAGGACUUGUUACAAUGUGUACCUUGGGGGAUUGAAUGGGACCAAUCAGAUCUGUGCCAAGUCGGUUUUGGCUCAGAUUAUGGUGAUUGUUUUCACCAGAGUGGAGGAGGAUUCUUUGAAUGUUAGCAUUUCUAGGGUUUCGGUUAAUGAAUUGUUGGAAUUCACCGAUAAGAAUUUGAACGAAGGGAGCUCCAUUUUGUUCUGCCAGAAUUUCGUCAAUGAGGUUAUGGACGCGAACUAUGUUGGUCCGGAUGGUAACAAAACGGUGCCGUCUCCGAAGCUGAAAUUGCAAAAUGGCAAUGCCGGUGGACGCGGUGAAUCGGGUGGUGACGGAGAUUCGAAUGUUGAUGGAGCUGAAUCGGGUGAUGGCGGUAGUAAGAUUAGGGAUGAUGGGUAUCUGUUGUUUAAGAAUUUGUGCAAAUUAUCGAUGAAAUUCUCAGCACAGGAGCACUCUGAUGAUCAGAUUCUCUUGAGGGGUAAAGUAUUGUCAUUGGAGCUUUUGAAGGUGGUCUUGGACAAUGGGGGUCCAUUUUGGCGCAACAAUGAGAGGCAAGUGAUUGCUUUCUUUUGCACCAAAGUUGAUGCAUCACUCCUGAGAAUGCCGAUACUUUUCAUUUUCUUGUGGCACAGGUUUCUCAAUGCUAUCAAGCAGUUCCUCUGCUUAUCACUCUUAAAAAACAGUGCGUUGUCAGUCAUGGCCAUUUUCCAGCUUCAGUGUUCUAUUUUCACGAGCUUGUUAUCAAAAUUCAGAUCAGGGUUGAAAGCAGAAAUUGGUAUAUUUUUUCCAAUGCUCGUCUUACGCGUGCUUGAGAAUGUUCUGCAGCCUAGUUUCUUGCAAAAAAUGACAGUCCUCAAUUUAUUGGAGAAGAUAUCUCAGGAUUCACAGAUUAUCAUUGACAGUUUUGUCAACUAUGACUGUGAUGUGGAUGCCCCGAACAUCUUUGAAAGGAUUGUCAAUGGUCUUCUGAAAACAGCUCUAGGACCACCCUCUGGUUCAACAACAACACUGUCUCCAGUGCAGGAUAUCACUUUCCGGCAUGAAUCAGUAAAGUGCUUGGUUAGCAUCAUUAAUUCAAUGGGAGCUUGGAUGGACCAACAGCUGAGUCUGGGAGACUCCUAUCUACCAAAGACCAAUGAGAGCGACACUUCAGCUGAGAAAAUGGAGAAUCAAUUGACCCCAAAUGGUGAAGAAGGAGCUGCUUUUGAUAAUGAAUUACACCCAGAAGGAAAUCCUGAAGUUUCAGAUGCUGCAACUCUCGAGCAACGUCGAGCUUAUAAAAUUGAACUUCAGAAAGGUAUAUCGCUGUUUAAUAGAAAGCCUUCCAAGGGCAUUGAAUUUCUUAUAAGCACCAAAAAGAUUGGUAGUUCUCCAGAAGAUGUGGCGUCUUUCCUGAGGAACAACACUGCUGGCCUAAAUGAAACCAUGAUUGGUGACUAUUUGGGUGAAAGGGAGGAAUUUCCUCUAAAAGUUAUGCAUGCUUAUGUAGAUUCCUUUAAUUUCAAAGGGAUGGAUUUCGGCGAAGCAAUAAGGUUUUUCCUGCGGGGCUUCAGGUUACCUGGAGAGGCACAGAAAAUUGAUCGCAUCAUGGAGAAGUUUGCUGAGCGCUAUUGUAAAUGCAGUCCAAAUUCAUUUACUAGUGCAGAUACUGCAUAUGUCCUCGCAUACUCUGUGAUAAUGCUCAAUACAGACGCCCAUAAUAACAUGGUGAAAGAUAAGAUGACCAAGGCUGACUUCAUCCGGAACAACCGAGGAAUAGAUGAUGGCAAGGAUCUACCUGAGGAGUAUCUUGGUGUCCUAUAUGAUCAAAUUGUUAAAAAUGAAAUUAAGAUGAGCGCUGACACUACUGCACCACAGAGCAAGCAGGAAAACAGCUUUAACAAAUUAUUGGGCUUGGAUGGUAUCCUGAAUUUAGUAACUGGAAAGCAGACUGAAGAAAAAGCUUUGGGUGCAAAUGGGCUUCUUAUAAAGCACAUUCAGGAGCAAUUUAAAGCAAAGUCUGGAAAAUCAGAGUCUGUCUAUCAUGCUGUGACAGAUGUGGCAAUAUUGAGGUUUAUGGUGGAAGUCUGCUGGGGUCCUAUGCUGGCAGCAUUUAGUGUGACUCUUGACCAAAGUGAUGACAGGCUUGCUACUUCUCAAUGCUUACAAGGUUUUCGGCAUGCCAUUCAUGUUACUUCUUUGAUGGGAAUGCAGACCCAGAGAGAUGCAUUUGUCACUUCAGUGGCAAAGUUUACUUAUCUGCAUAAUGCUGCAGAUAUGAAGCAAAAAAAUGUCGAUGCUGUGAAGGCAAUAAUAUCAAUCGCCAUUGAAGAUGGUAAUCAUCUUCAGGAAGCAUGGGAACACAUACUAACUUGCCUUUCCCGAAUUGAGCAUCUGCAACUGUUGGGAGAAGGUGCACCAACUGAUGCGUCCUAUUUGACUGGAUCAAAUGUUGAAACUGAGGAGAAAACAUCAAAGCCUAUUGGAUUUUCUUCUCUGAAGAAAAAAGGAACUCUCCAGAAUCCAGCUGUAAUGGCUGUUGUUCGUGGGGGUUCAUAUGACAGUACUAGUGUAGGAGUCAAUACUUCUGGACUGGUAACUCCAGAACAGAUAAAUAACUUUAUUUCAAACUUGAAUUUGCUGGAUCAGAUUGGGAAUUUUGAGUUGAAUCAUGUAUUUGCUCAUAGCCAAAGAUUGAACAGUGAAGCGAUAGUGGCUUUUGUGAAGGCUUUAUGCAAAGUUUCCAUGUCAGAGUUGCAAUCUCAAACGGACCCUCGUGUAUUCAGCCUCACAAAAUUAGUUGAGAUAGCGCAUUACAAUAUGAACCGCAUCAGAUUAGUGUGGUCUCGCAUAUGGAAUGUUCUCUCAGAUUUCUUCGUAUCAGUUGGCUUGUCCGAGAAUCUCUCAGUUGCAAUAUUUGUGAUGGAUUCAUUGCGUCAGCUUGCUAUGAAAUUCUUAGAGCGUGAAGAACUGGCAAAUUACAACUUCCAGAAUGAAUUUUUGAGACCAUUUGUGAUUGUUAUGCAAAAAAGUGGUUCUACAGAAAUUAAGGAAUUAAUAGUUAGGUGCAUUUCACAAAUGGUCCUCAGCCGUGUCAAUCAUGUGAAAUCGGGGUGGAAAAGUGUUUUUCUGGUCUUCACGGCCGCUGCAGCUGAUGAGCGGAAAAAUAUUGUCUUGUUGGCCUUUGAGACCAUGGAAAAAAUCGUCAGAGAAUAUUUCCCUUAUAUAACGGAGACAGAGACAUUGACUUUUACUGAUUGUGUAAAAUGCCUCUUAACCUUCACCAAUAGCAGAUUCAAUAGUGAUGUUAGCCUCAAUGCCAUUGCAUUUCUCCGGUUCUGUGCUGUCAAACUUGCAGAAGGAGGCCUUGUUUACAAUAAGAGGAGUGAGGUCAAUGUGUCGUCCAUUCCAAAUGUAAAUGAGGAUGGUUCAGAUGUAGUGACUUUCAACGAGAAAGAUGAGCAUGCAUCCUUUUGGGUUCCAUUGCUAACAGGUUUGUCAAAGCUGACGUCAGAUCCUAGAUCAGCUAUCCGGAAGGGUUCUUUGGAAGUUCUUUUUAACAUUUUAAAGGAUCAUGGUCAUCUUUUCUCACACUCGUUUUGGACUGCGAUCUUCAAUUCCGUUGUUUACCCCAUAUUUAGAGAUACAAAUAUGAAAAAUGACUUGUCUUCGCCAGUUUCAGUAUCUCCACGUCCUGAGGGAAGUACAUGGGAUUCUGAAACUUCUGCAGUUGCAGCAGACUGUCUCAUAGAUCUAUUUGUCAGCUUUUUUGACAUAGUGAGGGCUCAACUACCAGGUGUGGUGUCCAUUCUGACAGGGCUCAUCAGAAGUCCUGUUCAGGGUCCUGCUAGCACGGGGGUUGCUUCAUUAGUGCGUUUGGCUGGUGAAGUGGGAAACAGACUUUCGGAAGACGAAUGGAGACAGAUUUUUCUGGCUCUGAAAGAAGCUGCCACAUCUGCAGUGCCUGGAUUUAUGAAGGUGUUGAGAACCAUGGAUGACAUCAAUGUUCCCGGUCUUUCUCGAUCUUAUAGUGAUAUAGAUUUGGCAUCUGAUGAGGGGUUUACAAAUGAUGAUAUUGAGGAUGAUAACCUGCAAACAGCAGCAUAUUUGGUUUCCAGAAUGAAGAGUCAUAUUGCUAUGCAGCUACUCAUCAUACAGGUUGCUACUGAUUUAUACAAAAUAAACCACGAAUCCUUGUCCGCCGCCAACAUUGGAAUCCUCCUUGAAAUAUUUUCCCUUAUUGCAUCCCAUGCACACCAACUGAACUCGGAGACAAUUCUGCAGAAGAAGCUGCAAAAAGUGUGUUCUGUCCUGGAACUCACCGCCCCACCUUUGGUUCAUUUCGAGAAUGACUCUUAUAAGAAUUAUUUGAGCUUCCUCCAAAACGCGCUCAUGGAUAAUCCGUCUAUGUCCGAGGAGAUGAACAUAGAAGUUCAACUUGUGGAAGUGUGUGAAAAAAUAUUGCAGAUAUACCUAAAGUGUACGGAGCCUCGAUCUUUCGAGCACAAGCCAACUGAUCAGCCGAUUCUGCACUGGUUUCUUCCUUUGGGUACCGCAAAAAAGGAAGAAUUGGCUACCCGAACCUACUUAGCUGUGUCGGCAUUGCAGGUAUUGUCUGGUUUGGAAAGGGUUUCAUUAGAAGGCACGCAUGCCGGUUAUUUCCUUUGUUGGUAG